CCGGCAUGGGCGGAGCGCAGGCAUAGAACGCACUGCACCCUCCCAGCACCUUGGAGACACAGCACGCAGCGCCGACGCAGGAUAGCCUGGACCGAAACGGCGUACUGGAGACCAAACACGCUGGGCUGGCACAACACGCCCUGGCUGGAUGCCUACUCUCGCAUGGCACUUGCGGGGGGCUGGCCUAUAGCCCACCGGGCUAUGAGCACGUACUGGCGACACCGUGCGUUUGACCGCAUAAUACGGUUCCUGACCAGUACUGCGCUUCUUCCGAUAAGCAUGAGCACCCGUGUGCCCCCCAAAACAUUUUUUGGGGGGCUGCCUCUCGUGCCUGUCGCACUGCAGUGCUGCCUCCUCAUAUCGCCGCCGCUCAGCUUUCGCUGCCUCCAGCUCUGCCUUGGGGCGGUGAUAUUCCCCAGCCUGUGACCAGGGUCCCUUGCCGUCAAGUAUCUCCUCCCAUAUCCAGGAGUCCGGAGAUCGCUGCUGCCCGAUACCACGCCGCUUGGUCCUCGGUUGUUGGGUGUUUCUUUAACGGAUCUCGUCCUCCUCUUCUGAGGAGGAGUAGCGAGAAGGAUCGGAGGACCAAUGCGCAGCGUGGUUGGCAGCCCUGCAUGAGGUGUGCCGUGAAUGUGUAAGAAGAGGGUGAAAUGCGUGUCUCAAGGCCAAUGCGUGGGAGUUGGCAACUCUGGGUUAAAUAAAGAUCUGAUUGAUGCUGUAAAUGUGUCGGGAAAAGAGGGAAUGAAAGUAACUUUACCGACUGGACUUAAUGAACUACUUAGUGGCACUAUUAUGGCAUGGUCUUUCCCAUUGAAUCGUUCAGAUUCAUUUGCUAACAUAGCUAUGCUGAAUGCUGGUGUGAUUACAACGAACUACAGUAGGAAGUUUAAAGACAGACUGAAGCUGGAUACUCAGACUGGAUCUCUCACCAUCAGAAACCUCACCAUCAACGACUCUGGACUUUAUAAAAUACUUAUCAUCAAUACACCGAGUUCAUCUAAGAUUGCAAAUCUAACUGUCUAUGCCUCAGUGUCUGCUCCUCACAUCAGUCCCUCAGUGGACAGUCCAUUUGAAAAAGUCAGCUGUUCCUUGGUGUGCACUGUGAAGAACGGGAGAGAGGUGAUCUUGUCCUGGUACAGAGGAGGGGAGAUACUCAACCAGACCAGCAGCUCUGAUCUUCUCGCCAAUCUCUCUCUCCCUCUGGAGUUAAACAAAAGAAAUGUUGACACCUACAGCUGUGAGGCUUCCAACCCUGCUGACUCAAAACCAACUCCGCUCAACAUUGAAACGCUCUGCCCUCAAUUGUCCUCACGCUCUGCCCUCAAAGGGUCUGGUCGCAAUCCUGUCCCAAUCACACUGGUCACAUUGUUAGCAGUUGGGAUAAUAAGUGGUGGUAUAUUCUGGGCAAUUAAAAUAAGAAAAUGUGGAGCCUGCAGGCAAAGAGAAGAAGCCCAACAUUAUACUGAAGUGAAAUUUCAUAGACUGGUUGGGGAUACACUGGUAUCUGGCACCGGAGGAGUCUAUUUACCAGAAGAGUCUGUUUUGUACUCAGAUGUCAGAAUCUUACCUUCUGUUCAGACAGGACUGGAUUCAAUCACUCCUCUCUCAAAGCUGUGACCUUGGCGUGGUUUAGAGCCUUGUGUGUCUCAAUGACCCUGAGAGCUACGUCGGAGGGGGCUUGGGCCCCUGGUAGACUUAGCCAUGCCGGAUUCGUCACCAGUGAGGGACCAAUAACAGCAUUGGUCCUACAUGUUUCAAGUCGUCAUGAUGCUAUAGGUAGGCAACCAUACCUCUGUGUCAAUGUUACAUGCUGUGUGUAUGUCUUUUCCGUAAUUUGAAAUGUGUAUUUUUCAUAGUGCUGUACCUUACUUUGCAAGAAAUGUGAUUGAUAAAAAUGUAAUAUUAUUGUUGUUAUUUAGGUCAGAACAUUUGUCUGAAAACCGGGUUUAGUAGCAUGUAAACAAGCAAAUGAGUUAAAUCAUGGCACCACAUCCACUUCCUGAAACACUUUUACCAUUUAUUUUCAAAAUGAUUGUAACCGACUCUCGAAAACCUGCUGAUCUCAUGGGCAUGUUUAAGCUUGUGGAUGAAUGUUUUCAUGUAGGUUUGUCCUGCCUUUAUCUUCCCUCUAGAGAGUCUUAUGUUCUCCACUAUUUACCAAACUACUGUGAUGACUGUUCUGUGAGGAUCCAAAUAGGUCAGAUUAGCUUGGAAACAGAUGAUUUCAACCAGACCCUCUCUCAGCUACAGAGAGGGGGAGGCGGGAGUUGGUGGGGGGUUGACACCUCACGCCCUGUUGUAAAUUACAGGAGAGGAGAUCCAGGGUCUCUCUCUACAAAUUCACAAAGGAAUGUGCUUUGUCUCCCCCCAAAACUCUAACUCGUUCUAAAGUGAAUACUGGAACAAUAUUUUUAACAUAGGGGAACAUGGGGAAUGGUCAGAGGCGAUGUAAUUAAAAAUGCUAUAAAGGAAAUACUGUAACUUGAAAGUAUAUACACCACAUGUACGAAGUCUCCAUCCUUAACGUUGUGUAUGAAAUAUGAACAAUUGUGAAAUUAUUUUUGUUAAGAUAGGAAUGUGAUUUUAGGAGGCACAAGAGAUCAUUUGUCUCCUAUAAACUUUGCACAGUAAGUAGCCACGCCCGAUUGAGGUGAGAGAGCGUGUCAGCCUGACCGAACCAUCCCUUUUGACCAGAGUGGAUAAACGGAUUGGUAAAGAAAUUAACAUUUAGACUAGAAAGGAGACGAGCUGCAGCUCAUGACCAAAGUGGCUCGAACUCUGAAAUCUCAACACGAGGUAGAGACGAUAACGUCAAAUCCUGGACAAUCACAACUAUUGGACAAUCAGAGCUUUACAAGCGUGCCGCAGAAAGGCACAACACUCUUCCUAAGAAGGCCUGGUUCCGAAAGAUACACGGCGAACGAAGGCCUUUAAAGCGUAAAUACAUUCAUGAUUUCUUACUCCAAACAGGCGGCGGUUCAUGUGCAAAGUAUAUGAUUACUGUGACUGUAGUUCCUAAAAUGUAUCAACGAUAAAUCUCUCUCUUUCAUUCGCCCUCUCAAUGUCUUUUGUAAAAAGCUGCAAUAUUGUUUCAGUCCGCUAGGGAUGUUUUUCUAAUGUAUUAAGUGUGUAUUUUUAUAAUGUGUUAUCAUUUAGUUAGCUAGUAAAUAAAUAAUUAAACCAA